AUGCCGGCUGUAGCGGCUAUGCCCACUGUAGCGACUCUGCCGGCUGUAGCGGCUGUAGCUCCUGUGGCGGCUGUAGCGCCUGUGGCUGCUGUAGCGGCUACGGCGGAGUGGAACAUGUACUUGCUGAGCGCGCCGCUGAGCUCGAGCCUGCAGCAGCGCGGCAAGCAGCAGCGAUCGUCACCGUCGAUUCGAGCGUCGUCCGGGUCGCCGCAAGUGUCGGUAACAGGUGCUACUGCUGCUGGGGGUGCUGGCGACGGUGCUGCUGCUGCUGCUGCUGCUGCUGCUUCUCCCGCUCUUGCGUCUCCUGCUGUUGCUUCUCCCCCCUUCAUCGAGUCCCCUGUCGCCGCAACCCCUCCCUCCAUUGCGUUUCCCACCGUUGCCGCUCCAACCUUCAUCGAGUCUCACGCCAUUGCAUCUCCCUUAAUCGCUACACCCGCCCUCACCACUUACGCGGACAGCACCGGCCCUACUGUUGCUGCUGCUGCUGCUGCUGCUGCUGUUGGUGGCAGUAGCAGUAGUAGUGGCGUCAAGGAGGGAGGAGUACUUAGUGCAGAGAUGGAGGCUCUGGAAAAGGCUAUUACAGGGUUCUCACGGGGUGCUUCUAACGAGGAUAGGGUUGCUGUAGGGUCUGGUGGUUCGGCAGUAGGAGUACCUCACCUGAGGGCAAUUCAGCCGAAGCAGAACCAUCAACCAAGAGUGAUUCAACCAAGAGUGAUUCAACCGAGAGUGAUGGAGCAGCAGCAGCAGCAGAGAGUGGAGGCGGUGCCGAGGGCAGUGAGUGAGUUUGGUGACACGGAGAGUGUGCGCGACAUGGCGAGUGGGCGGGUGUCGGAUGAGGGGUUGCAACAAGGCCUGCUGCAGCUGGCUGAAGCCGUGGCCACAGGUGACCAGCCGCGAAUGGUGCCUUUGCCUCGGCGCCUGCGCCCGCUCUCCUCCCCCUACGGCACGCCCAUGCAGCGCGUCUCACACUACCUCCUCACAGCCUGCCUCUCCCCCCCCCUUUCCUCUCCCUGUGCCCCCUGUAGCCCCUGUGCUUCCCUCACGCAGCCGGGAAUGGUGUCUUUGACUCGCCGUCUGCGUACGCUCUCCUCCCCCUAUGGCACUCCCAUGCAGCGCGUCUCACACUACCUGCUCACUGCCUGCCUCCCCCCUGUGUCCCCCUGCUCCACUCAACCCCCUACAGCCGCGUAUGGUCAGGCUCACCAGGCGCCUGCGUCCGCUCUCCUCCCUCUACGGCACGCUCAUGCAGCGCGUCUCACACUACCUCCUCACUACAUGCCUCUGCCUCUCGCUCUGCCCAUCCCCCUCUCCCCAUGUGCCUCCCCGCGACAGCCGCGAAUGGUGUCUUUGACUCGUCGCCUGCGUCCGCUCUCCUCCCCCUACGGCACGCCCAUGCAGCGCGUCUCACACUACCUGCUCACUGCCCUCGCCAAGAGGGCUGCAGGCGCUCUGGGUACCGACUACAUUGCUUAUCUCAGCCGCGCUCCCGAGCUGAUGGUGAUGCCUCAAGAGCUGAUGGUGAUGCCUCAAGAGCUGAUGGUGAGGCCUCAAGAGCUGAUGGUGAUGCCUCAAGAGCUGAUGGUGAUGCCUCAAGAGCUGAUGGUGAUGCCUCAAGAGCUGAUGGUGAUGCCUCAAGAGCUGAUGGUGAUGCCUCAAGAGCUGAUGGUGAUGCCUCAAGAGCUGAUGGUGAUGCCUCAAGAGCUGAUGGUGAUGCCUCAAGAGCUGAUGGUGAUGCCUCAAGAGCUGAUGGUGAUGCCUCAAGAGCUGAUGGUGAUGCCUCAAGAGCUGAUGGUGAUGCCUCAAGAGCUGAUGUUGAUGGUGCUGCACCUGCUGUCGCCCACCACCUGCUCCCUCUCCAAUUCUCUCCAUCCCUCUCCAUCCCUCUCCAUCCCUCUCCAUCCCUCUCCGUCCCUCUCCAUCCCUCUCCGUCCCUCUCCAUCCCUCUCCGUCCCUCUCCAUCCCUUUCCACCCCUCUCCACCACAGGAGGAAGCGUUGAUUCUGGCGUUUGCAGCGCACUGCCCCACGCUGCAGUUCUGCUACUCCGCCCUGGCCUGUGCCAUGCUGGUGAGGCGUACAGAGCGGUGGUGAGGUGUGCUGAGCGGUGGGCGGUGGUAAGGCGUGCAGAGUGGUGGUGGGGAGUGAAGAUGGCCGGUAGGGACGCGGCAGAAGACGAGACCAACAUCACCCACAUUGUCGACUUUGCCAUUGGUGCAAUGCAAACCCCCUCCCACACUCUCCCCGGCUCCCCUCCCUUCCACAAACCCCUCUUCCUCCCUUGCUGCAGGACGCGGCAGAGGAUAAGCCAAACACCCACAUCGUUGGCUUCGUUGACUUCACUGGCCGUCAUCGUCGACUUUGCCGACGCGGCAGAGGAUGAGUCCAACAUCCACAUCGUUGACUUUGCCAUGUGGGCAGGCCAGUGGCCAAUCGUCAUCCGCCAGCUGGCGGCAGCUGCCCGGAAAAGAAUGGCCGCAGCAGCUGUUACCAUCAACAGCCAUAACAGCAGCAGCAGCAGCGGCAGCAGCAGCAGCAGCGUUGGUAUCUGUGACAGUACUGCUGCUACCACCAGCCAUGCUUCCAAAUCACCAUCCGCCUCCCACCCUUCUCCGUCCCAGCCAACCUCCGCCCACCACUCCCCCUCACCCUCGUCAUCCCCUUCUCCCACACCCCUGCAAGGUCCUUGUACCUCUGCGCCUUCUCCCAUCCCUCCCUGCUUUCUCCGGAUCCGAUUCACAGCUGUAGACCCUCCUUUCGGUCAUCCCUAUGGGACUGGCCCGAAGCUUCCUGCGGCCUUCCUGCAGGCUGAGCUGGCGCGGGCGGCGCAGGAGUGCGGCGUGAGCUUGUCCUUUUCCCGGGUCGAGGCGGCGCCGGAGACGCUGCGGGCGGCGGCGAUUGGAGUGGAGCGGGGCGAGUGUGUGCUGGUGAACGUGGCUGGGCGGCUGGCGUGUGUUGCAGAUUCUACAGUUCUCAGGCACAGCCCAAAGGAUACAGCAAUAAAGGCAAUCAUGCAGCUAGACCCCAAGGUGGUGUCGUUAGUCGAGUGGGACUCCAACCAACAACAACCCUUCUUUCUCCACCGUUUCAAAGACGCUCUCCUCUUCUUCCACAACAUCUUCGCCUCCCACGACGCACUCGCCUCGCGCUUCUCCUUUGGCCGCCGCGGCUUCGAGGAGUUCGUUCUCGCACGGGAAAUGGUGAACCUGGUGGCGUGCGAAGGCAUGCAGAGGCUGGUGCGAGCAGAGAGGUUGGAUCAGAUGCACACGCGGAUGGGGAGGUUGGGGGUGGCGGCACGGCCGUACAGCAAGAGGAGCAUGUGGGGGUUGAGAGAGCUGAUCGCGCCGUAUCCUAAAGGGUUUGCGGUUGAGAGGCAUCCGCAGGGGGGCGUGCGCCUGCUGUGGAAUGGUCAGUCGAUUCUGGGUGCCUCUGCUUGGACCCCCGGGGGAGGAGAUGGGAGGAAAUGA